AUGCGGCGCGUCCUUACCAGUUGGCUCUUCACGCCACGCGUAUCGGCGACCGUUGCAUCUGCGGCAACAACAACAGCAAUAGGAGGAGUAACAGGAGGAGGAGGAUUUGUAUCUUCCACCAGGUCUGCAAUUGUGCCGUUCGGAAUGUCGGCUCUUCACAUCACAGUUAGAGGAGCAGCAACUGCGGCGGCAGUUGGUGACGAAGACACAAAGAAGAAGCGACGGGGACGAAGAAAGGCGACAUCAGCUCAAUCUGCCGUCGCUGAAUCCCCUGAAGAAGGAAGGCAUGUAGCGCGUAGCAAAGGCAACACGGCGCGACGCACUAAGCACGCAACGCAACCAGAAGUUGAGGGCGCUGGAGUUGUGUUUGGUGACGAGGCUGGUGACGUCAUGGAUGGAAAUGCUGCAACGUGGGGGGAGGAUGAAGUUAAAAUGAGGGAGUUAGAUGCGCUAGAGGGUGGCGAAGAUGGCGAUCAUGUGCCACUGUCCCCUCGCCGUCGCGGGCGUCGUGCAGCUUACAGAACGACUGGUGGUGAUGAGGAGAUAGAAGGGGAGGAUAACAACAACAACGCCGGUGGGGAGGAGGAGGAGGAGGGUGGGGAUGCGUCUGGUGAAUCACCAGUCGGUGAUGGCGCAAUACAAAUUGCAGAUGAAGAAAGUAGAUUUCUGAAAGACCGCUUCCCUGAUUUGGCGACAGAGUACGACGUGGAGGCCAACCAGGAGCCCGUGGAUGAAGUGUUCUUUGACAGUGCUCGUGUGGCUUCAUGGAAGUGUGUAGAGUGCGGCUUUAAGUGGAAGAGCGGAGUCUUUGUGCGCACCUGUCUGCGGACGAAGUGCCCACAGUGCGAAAAGGAGCGUAACCCUUGCUUAGCGAGUCGUUUCGUUCAACUAUGGGAUCAUGCCCUCAAUGAUCCUUGUGUGGAUCCCAAGACGGUAGUGGCGAGCAGCAGCAAGUCUGCGUACUGGCGCUGUCCCAACUGCAGUACCAGCUAUCAAGCCCGCAUCAAAGACGUCGUGGGGGAAAAGGCAAAAUGUCCCUCAUGUUCGCUACUGAACAUCCACGCUGACUUUAGCAAGGAUGAGAAUGGCCUGCUGCAGGAGUGGCACCCUCUCAAAAAUGGUGAUCUGCAACCCAGCCAGGUAAAACCGACCGAUCAAACGAAGCUGUGGUGGCUCUGCAUGGCAUGUGGACACGAGUGGGAGGCGACGCUCGCCGCCCGACUCUCCAAGACGCGUCGCACAAAAGGUAAAGAGUGCCCUGUCUGCCACGGGAAAAAGAAAAUCUGA